AUGAGCGGGCUGCUGGAAUGGAUGUCUUCGAGCCUGGACUCGCUCCUUUGCCGUGGGGCCGAUGAAGCACCCAUGGAGGAGCUGCCACCUGGCUCGCUGCAACGAAGAGCUAGCAAGGAGGGAGGCGCUCAGGCCGUGUCAAGAGUCCCGCCGCGGAUGCGGUGGAUCGAGCGUGCACGUGGCCUGCCGCCACCGCCCCUGCAGACGCAGGCUCCUCGCGUUGAGCCUACUCUCAGCCAGGCACCGCCAUUAGACCAUUCUUACGACGAGGAGGAGGCAGAGAGGCUUCGGCAGUUGGAGCUAGAGGAGCAAGAAGCGCUCCAGGACUGGCGCCGGAAGAAGCAAGAGGAGACUCGGCAGAUGGAGCUGCGGAAGGCGAAGAAGCAGGAGUCCUCUCCGCCCGCCUCGCCACCUCUUACUGCGCCUUCACCCGGCUCACCAGAGUCGGCGGAGCUUCUGUUCUCGCCCGAGCCGUCGGCAGCGAUGCCGAAAAGGGAGCAGAAGACAACGUUGAUCGUGCCGCCAAAAGAUCAUCGCGGAUCCCCACAGUUCGCGACGAACUCGCCGCGGACGCCAUCACCCCCCGAUUCGCCACUGGUGGCCAGGCUCCACAUACCAGGAUCGCCACCAUCGGGUUCCCGAUCUCCGGACACUUUCCGGCGACAAGGGAGUGGGGACAGCUACACGCGGCGGUCGCGAACUUCGCGAUCUUCACUGGGAAACGAAUCCGUUUCGAUGCCCAGCUUCUAUGAGCGCACGGAGAAGGGCCAACAAAGGAAUGGCGAGUGGGAAACUGGGUCGGAUGUCGGCUCGGUCGUCUCGGACGCUUCCUACGUGGAGCAG